UUUUUAAAGAUGUUACUGAUAAGUAAUAAAUAAUAAAAUUGUUAAAAUUGUAAAAUUGUUAAUUGAAUAUUGUAAGAUGUUACUGAUAAGUAAUAAAUAAUAUAGAAAAUUUCAGGUGGCUACAAGCAAUACUCUUUAAUUUAAUAAAUAAUAGCAUUGCUGUUUUGAAGAGUUUGCUAUUGUGCACAAUGGUGGCUAGCACCAGCUGUUGGUAGGGUCUUGCGACUCAUUGGUCCAACCCCAGAGGAGUCAAAGGUGCUUCAGUUGAAUUGAUCUUAAGGCCAUCCAAAGCCUUCGGCGGUAAAAAUAAAUCACCCUUUUCCUUUUUUUUGAAGGGAAAAAAAAACUAACAAUUAAGAAUAAUAGAAUAGAGUAUUAAAAAACAAGCCAACAACUAACGACUCUUUCAUCGUCAAAGUCCCCAGAAGAAUGUCACAGUCAUAGUCACUAGCUAGCUUGUGCCUAAAACAACAACUUCUCAUCAGAUUUAUACACAUAAUUAAAUCCUUCGUAGGAUUAAAAAAAUGAUGUACUAAAAGGGAAGGAAAAGAUCAACUCACCCCGCCCACCACCACAUCAAUCUUUCUCUCAUAAUCUUUUCCCUGAAAAAGAAAGAAAAGGAAGGAUUUGAUUUGGGUUGACGAGUCUCCCUUUAACCAUGGAUAGGUUAGUGAAGCCAGAUGUCAAAGAGGUGGAGCUCAGCUUCAAGAAUGGCCAGAAGUGUAGCACUGUUUUCAGGCUCACCAAUCUUAUGCACACCAUGUCUGUCGCUGUCUCUCUCACCACAACAAACCCUUCUGUCUUUUCGUUUUCUCAACCUUUCUCUGUUAUCCCACCUCUCUCUUCUUCCUCAUAUACUCUUCAAUCUCAGCCUUUUGAUCAACCGCCUCUCUGUACGUCUCUCACAGAUGAUCUCAUCACCGUCCGAUCUGCCAUGCUCCCCACCGGAAAAGCUGACCAGGAAGAUUUUCGCCGACUGUUUUCUGUCCCCGGACGCCAUGUUUUCAAAGACGCCUUCAUACCCAUUUCCUUCGUCGGUCCUCAGGUCGUAGAGUUUCUCAUCACACACCACGAUAAAAUUCCCGAACUGAGUUCUUAUAUGGGGAAAGCUAUUUCUGGGUGUACGGAAUCUCAAAUAACAAAUUCCCUCAAAUUAGCCAUAAAUUCUGAAAACCCAGAUCUGGUCUCUGCUUUAAUUGACGCUGGAGCUAAAGUCAACGGUAAAGAUUCCGAGGGAAGGUCGUUGUUGACUGCCGCUGUUAAGGCCAGAACCGUCGACAUGAUGAAGGUUUUGAUAGCUUCUGGUUGCCGAUUCGAUAUCUCCGUCGACAGAAUUUUGCACGACGCAGCGGCGAUGAACAGAGCCGAUAUGAUCGAGAUUCUCUGCAAGAGUAUGGGAAACCUCGGAGUGAACUCGUCUGAUACAGAUGGUUGGACUCCGAUGCACGAAGCGGCCGCACGGGGCCACGUGGAAGCUCUGAGGUCCCUUCUCUCCGCCGGGGGAAAUGCCGAAAUUAGAGACAGUAGGGGAUGGACCCCGCUCCACUGUGCAUCGUCAGAAGGCCAUUACGAAGUCGUAGAGUGUCUAUUGGAACGGUCAAACGCCAAAUACGUCGUCGACCGAGACGGGAGGACAGCCUUCGCACUAGCAGCCGAUAACGGCCACACUGAGCUUCUUGCGCCGCUUCACUUGAACGACGCCCUGCACCGCGCGGCGAGGCUGGGCGACGUGAAUGGAUUGAAGAGUUGUCUUGCGGAAGGAGCAAACGUAAACGUUAGAGACCAGAACGGGUGGACGGCGUUGCAUAGGGCAGCGUUUAAGGGUGAUGUCGAGUCUGCAAGGGCUCUAAUCAGCCACGGUGCUCAGGUCGACGCGUUGGACGACGCUGGGUACACGCCGCUGCAGUGCGCGGUUGAGGCGGGAAAGGCGGCCAUUUCGAUGCUUCUGAUGGCCAAAGGAGCACGAGCCAAUAUUAAAGGUGUGAAAGGAGGAGAAGGAGGUUUGCCAGUGGUACUUAACUUGGAUCGUUUCAAGAACCAACCAAGCUUUGUUGUGAAGCCUUUUUACCGGGAGAAAGAGCGAGUAUAACAAAAUGGGUGAAGAAGGAAGUUGUACGCCAUUAAUAU